GUUCAGAAGCUCCUCCGGUACCUCCUGGCAUAUUUCGAGACUCUAUUCCUGCUGUGCGACGAACUAAACGCUGUCCAGGCCCCGGCCGUCAUCAACAUGCUAGCCAUGCAGGAGCGGUGGCAGCAGCAGCUGUCACAAGCUAUCAUGUUACUCGUGCCUGCCUAUGUUGGUUUGCUCAUUGCCCCCACAGCGGUGAGUAAGAAUAACCCUCGAUCGCCGGGCACCAACCUUCUUCAACGCCAUUUGACAAACGCUGAAUUCGACAACCUGUACAUCGUUGCUGAGCUCGUCGUGUGUCUGGCGUACAGCAAACGAAGCAGGAAUAUCAUUGCCAAGGAAAUUACAAGGCUCUUCACAGGACCCUUAGGAUUAUCGUAUUUUGAUGAUGGCGAGAAGUCGUCACUUGGGUCUGGUCGGAUGAAGCGCGCUGCCAAAGUCGGCGCUCCCGACGCACGUUUAUCAAAUAUUCUAAAGCAGCCUUCGGGACUGAUGAGCCGGACACCCCCUCCACUUGCAAUGUUCCUCGAGACCUCCAUUAGAUCGGAUUAGAA